GGCUUCCGCAGCUGGUCCCCGCCCCUGCCGGCGCUGGGCGGGGCCCCGGCGGCGGGCACAUGCGCGUAGCGGGCAGGGGACGCUGCGUUCUCGCGAGGCGGGGCGCGUGUCAGGGGGGCUGCGGCCGGGCCGGGAGCGGGACCGCGGGCCGUGCUGAGAGCCUUGAACUAGAAGGCCCAGCGUGUGUAAGCCAUGGGUUUGUCCGCGUCCUCCCCGGCUGCUGCCGCUCAGCCGCCCAGUGCACCCAAGCAACAUCAGGCGGCAUCUCCCCCUUCAGAAUGUCCUAUGCAUCAGGAAAAAAUGAGCGGUUGUCCAAUGCACAUGAAGACUCCUGAUCAUAGACCUGAAAACACAGAUGAUGUUCCUGCACAUCAAGAAAGAGCGUAUGAAUUUGUAGCAUGUCCAGUGAAGCCUGGUGCAUCUCAGUUGAAAGAUGACAUAGAUCCUAGCAAUAUGAUGCCUCCUCCUAAUCAGCAGCCAUCCCCAGAUCAACCAUUUCCAUUGUCAACUGUUAGAGAAGAAUCUUCCAUUCCUAGAGCACAUUCUGACAAGAAAUGGGUCUACCCUUCAGAGCAAAUGUUCUGGAAUGCUAUGCUUAGAAAAGGAUGGAGGUGGAAAGAUGAUGACAUAACAAGUGAAGACAUGACCAACAUUAUUAAGAUUCACAACCAAAAUAAUGAGCAAGCUUGGAAGGAGAUUUUGAAGUGGGAAGCUCUUCAUGCUGUGGAAUGUCCGUGUGGACCAUCACUGAUGCGGUUUGGAGGCAAAGCAAAGGAGUAUUCACCAAGAGCCAGAAUACGUUCCUGGAUGGGGUACGUGGGCAGGGAAGACGGUCUUUCAGGAGGUGGGAGGAUAUGAGCUUCCCUUUGACAGACAUGACUGGAUUGUUGACCGAUGUGGAAAAGAAGUGCGAUAUGUUAUUGAUUACUAUGAUGGUGGAGAAGUAGAUAAGAACUACCAGUUCACUAUCCUGGAUGUUCGCCCUGCGUUUGACUCUCUCUCGGCUGUGUGGGACAGAAUGAAGGUAGCUUGGUGGCGGUGGACCUCGUAACUACUCCUGUGGUGUGUACUUGAAAAGUAAACCACUUUCCUCCUAGACUCUGGAUAAGUGAAUCCUAGGACCUGAAACAGAAGUUCACUGCAACUGUCACUAUUUUCAUCAUCACCACUGUUCUUUGGGGGUGGGAAGGGAGGAUGAGGAAACCUGUUGUUAGAUACACUGAUGCUUUAUGGUGUUUUGAAUGAAAUAAUAAAAUUAUAGUAGCAAAAACAUGUAUCAUAAUUUUCUUAAGAGCUGGGAAAUCUUUGUCACAAAUUCUGCAUAAGCUUGGCUUCUUUUCAUUUCAUGACUCCAGUGCUACACCAAAUACAUUAAGUUUCUGAUUCUGACUGGAGUUUCGAGUAUUACUUAAAUAGUGAAAACUGGAGAUUUCAUGAAUGGUUUCAUGUAGUUACAGUAUUUGGAUACCUAGAUGAUUAAUAAAGGGUCAAGGAUUUGGACUGUUUCAAACUGCAUGUUUUAUUAACUAUAUAAAACCAUGUGUCUGUUUUCACAUGGGCACUUCUGCUGUUCAAAUACAUGGUUCCUCAAAAAACUUUAGUCAAGUUUAUUCCGUUGAAGUAUAGUGUAGUAUGAGUCUUUUUAAAGGUUUGUUAAUUUGAAAAGGAGAAUACAUUCAUGCCUUAAGCUGCAAUUUGUCUUUGAACAGAACAUCUGUUAGAAGCAGGAAAUGAGUGUAAGUUACUUCCUUUUAAAAUUUUUGUUUUAAAAGUAAAAUUGAUAUUUAGUGGCUAUUUAUUUAUUUAAGAGGUUUGUUUCCUGAUGUAAGAAAACUAUAUUCUUUUAGUAUUUUCAUGUCUUUGAUAUGUAUCUUGUGUAAUACAUUCAAGACAGAAUUAUUAAGCCUUAUUUAAAGAACCUGUUAUGCAGGACAUAUGUAUUUUGCAUUUUAGCUUCAUCAACUGUACCAUAGCUUGUUUUUUUAUAUAAUACAGAAUUGCACAAGGGUGUAUGAGUACACGGUCAUACACAUUUCUACAUAGUGAGUACAGUGAGGCAUAUUACAGAUACAUAACCUGGCUGAAAGGGUAUCAAAGGUGCCAAGAAAUAAGGUUGAUUUAAGUGCUUUCUAGGAGUGAUGCAUGUUAAUGCUGUGUGGCUUGAAGAUUUGUUUCAAGUUUUUGCUUAACAAGGGAAACUACUUUUUGGUUUUUUUUUUAGUCUUCUACUGUAAUAGCUUUACAUUUGCAUAGCUUGGUGGAUUUCAGGUGCUACAUACCCCUGAAUUUAAGGUAUUUCUCCCGUUCGGCAUAUAGCAGUCUCGAGAAUGAGUCCUUCAUGUAAAACACUUGGGAAUGGAAGGAAUAAGAGAGUAUCACAUUCUAGCUGUCAAAUGGGAGAAGCUUCCUCUAUGAAACUUCGCAACGUUAACUGGGAACCAGCUGUACACUCAUUUUCCGAAACUGUUUAUUGUUAACUGACACUGGAAGCUUUUUUUUUUAUAUUGAGGGUAAAACCCCUCAAUUUUUCAGUCAAAUAACUUCCCAUUUAGUAAAAAAAUAUGCAGGGAAGCUUCCAUACUUUAAGGUACUGAUUUAGAUGAAUAGUUCCCACAUCAGAGGCAACUGUCCUCUGUGGUAGGAAUAAAUAUUGCCCAGAAGUCCAGAAUCCUAAGAGAAAACCUCGCUCUUAGCCCUCUCCACUUUCUUAUUCCUUUGUCAUCUUUUUACUGAUUCACAUGUAUGUGUAUAUAUAUAUAUAAAGGAAAAUAGGUUUGUUUUUUUUUUUUUUUUUGAAAAAAAAAGAAAAAAACCAACUCUUAGUAAGCAAUGUGUGUAUGAGAUGUGAGAAAUGUGUGAGCUCGUAUUAAAUGUAUCUGAUAAUGAAAGAGCUUCUUCUCCGUUCUAACAGCAGAGACUGAGACUUACUGCUUUUUGGGUGGUGGUUGGUUGGUUGAUGUAUACGUUUGUUAACUUCAUAUACAAAUAAUUCUAUAUUUUUCAUGGCUAAAUAUGGGGAAAUGUAUUGAGUGCUGCGGAUGCUACAAAAGAAGGACUUUGUUGAUUUUUGGAAGUGUGAUGUUGAGUGCAUUAUGGAAAUUGUAAUUUCUGCUAAAUCUGGUAAAAAGUGUCACAUGCCACUUCAUGUGUUUAUCGUCUUCUGGUAUGUUCCAUCUCACAUAGAUUCAAAAUUGUUCUUUUCUGUGCUAUUAAUUUAAGGUACUACUUUGUCAUCAAACAAAAAGGAGAGCCAAAUAAAUAUACUUUUCUUAA